UGGCUGUCGGCGCAUAAUAGAGAAUGAGUCCCUGAUGAGUUCCUGCCUAUAGGCAUUAUUUUUUUGACGUCGGUGACGACCACCGGCACCCACUUGCACACGGUGACUGCACCACUCCUUGUACUUGCCGUUGGACCAGCUUUUGUUGUUUAGUGUGGGAAACAAUGAGCAAACUUCUAGCAUUUUUCAAAUCCAAGAAUAUAGAACGCAAGUUUUCUCGCCUCGGGGAUGGCCACCGAUUGGGAGAAACUUCUUCGUCAGAAUCACCUGUGGUGUCGCAACCAUAUGUGCCACCGGUGCGUGCGAAAGCGGAGCCUUCAGAAGGUGCAAUUAAAGCAGCUGAAGCUGCUAUGGAGCGAAUGAACCGUCAGAAAAAACCAGAAGUACUGUUUUGGUGCCCCGAAUUAUUUGGUGACUCCGUAAUUGGUUCACGGGACGAAGUUGACCGUGCUAUCAACGAUUACCUUGUCUCGGAGUCCAGUGCCAACUUGUCCGAAGCAGCCACCCUAAUGCUCAUUCGUGGUUUGGAAAGUUGCAAGCCUCCACUCAUGCCUGACGUUCCAAUCUCUGAGCAGCCUACGACCUCCGAAUGGCGCGAGAAACGAAAACAGAAUUUUGCACGGAUUUUAAACAAUCUUAUUCAAACUCCAGACAAUCCAACUUUUCGACGACUACGGGUUGGAAAUCAAUUGGUUCGUGACCUGAUGGCUGUUGAGGGUGCAGAGUUAUUUUUCCGUGCCUGCAACUUCACAACACAGUCCCUGCGACCCCCCACAUCAGACUCUGCGUCUCCAGCAGAAGAGGAACCAUAUCUCGUAAUAACCGAGGAAGCUGCACGGGAGGCUGAACACCUGCAACGCAUGUUGGAGCUGUUAAAUACAGCGGAACCUAUCAUGCCUGAGUUGUACCGUGAUACCAAGGUAUUUCGUGUGUCCGGCACCACUCCAGCCAUCCUAAGUCGUGACCACUUGCCGGACGAUUUUUUCUAUCAGACCAAAGAAGAGGCGAAGCGUUCCUUGGAGCAACAGCAACGCAUAAUUGAAGAGAGUGGCAUGCUUAUGACCAAGGCUAUGCGUGAGCGACUCAGAGUGCAGGAAGUUCGACUUUUUCGGUACGCACUGAUUCGUGUGCGUUUUCCGGGGAAUAUAAUGAUACAGGGUACAUUUUGCGCAAGUGACACUCUUGGAAAAUUACGCUCAUGGAUCACAGACUGUUUGGCUGACCCAACCACUGAGUACCAGUUGUGGGCACCUCCAGGCACCGUAUCCGCCAUACGAUCAAACGUUCCACCGACCGCUCGGGCCGAACUGACAAACAACGCAGCAACCUUGACCGAGUUGGGUCUCGCCCCCUGUAGCGUUCUCAAUUUAUCGGUGUCUUCGUCUUCGGCCACGUCAACCCAACUACCCGAGUUAUUGCGUGAAGAUUUGUUAUCUAAUGCGUCUACUCUUUAAUGAGGACGUUUACCGUAACGGGCGCCUUUCCAACUGUCUGUCUCUGGGUAUAUCUCAAUGUAUCCUUAUAAUUCUCUUGCCUGUAUAUGGCAAUACUGUGAUAUUAUUGAAUUGGCGAAUGUUUCACUUGUGCUGACCAUUUUUCCAAAUGGGGUGCACGAAUAAAACAAAUCCGAUCACUUUAUCUACCGGAUAGUUGGCUGAUUUUAUCAGAAGAGAAUUCCAUUAUCCUGCUUCUGGUGGAAAAUACAAAAAACAAAAUGAAC